AUGGAGUUGAAGCCCCUUCCACCCCACUUCAAGUAUGCCUAUCUUGAGUACAAUCAGAAGCUCCCAAUUAUUAUUUCAAAGGAACUCACUUCCCAACAAGAAGAGCAGCUGCUUAGUGUGCUGAGAAGACACGAGAAAGUAAUUGGGUGGAGCUUGGCGGAUAUAGUAGGUAUUAGCCCUCAGGUUUGUGAGCACCAGAUAUUUCUAGAGGAAGGAGCAAGGCCUAUCCGUCAACCUCAAAGGCGGCUGAAUCCCACCAUCUUGAAAGUUGUGAAGAAGGAAGUAACCAGACUGCUAGAAGCUAACAUCAUCUAUCCAAUCUCGGAUAGUGAAUGGGUCAGCCCAGUACAGGUAGUUCCAAAGAAGUCUGGUGUCACAAAAGUGGAGAAUGAUCAGGGAGAACUCAUAGCCACCACAAAGGUAGAUAUUGUUUCUAGUUUACCUUACCCCUCCUCGGUGAGGGAAGUCCAUUCGUUUCUUGGUCAUGCAGGUUUCUACCGGCGAUUUAUCAAGGAUUUCAGUAAGGAAAUAUUGCCUUUAUCCCGGUUGCUACAGAAGGAUGUAGCGUACACGUUCAGUGGAGAUUGCAUGGAGGCGUUUGAUAAGUUAAAGGUUGCCUUGACCCAAGCUCAUAUUGCGAGAGGGCUUGACUGGAGUAGGCCGUUCGAGAUCAUGUGCGACGCAUCAAAUUAUGCGGUAGGAGCAGCGCUGGCUCAGCACGAAGGUAAGGAUCCUUAUAUUAUUGCAUAUGCCUCUAAGACUUUAGACAGUGCUCAGUCUAAUUAUACUACCACCGAAAAUGAGCUAUUAGCUAUUAUUUUUGCUCUAGACAAAUUCAGAGCUUAUUUACUAGGAACUAAGGUGGUAGUGUAUUUAGACUAUGCAGGCUUAAAGUAUUUGUUAGCUAAGAAAGAGUCCAAACCACGGUUAAUCUGUUGGAUAUUGCUGCUGCAAGAAUUUGAUUUAAAAAUCAGAGAUAGGAGUGGUUCUCAAAACUUAGUGGCGGACCAUUUGAGUCGCCUUGAACAUAUUAAAAAUGACUCCACUCCUAUUAAUGAUGUCUUCCCACUUGAUAGCUUGCAGGCAAUAUCUGAAGUGGUACCUUGGAGAAUGACAAGUCUGUUGAAAAAGCAAGGCAUCAUUCACAAGGUGGCGACAGCUUACCAUCCCCAGACCAAUGGGCAAGCCGAGGUGUCAAACAGAGAGAUCAAGCACAUAUUAGAGAAGAUUGUGAAGCCUCACAGGAAGGACUGGAGUGCUCGACUGGCAGAUGCAGUUUGGGCUUAUAGGACUGCAUACAAGACACCCAUCGGAAUGAGUCCAUUCCACCUCGUCUGCGGGAAGGCUUGUCAUCUUCCAGUGGAGGUGGAGCACAAGGCAUACUGGGCAGUGAAGGAAUGCAACUUUGGAUUGGGAAGAGCUGGCACUGAAAGGAAGCUGCAAAUACAGGAAUUAGAGUGCCUUCGACUAAAAGCGUAUGAGAACUCACGGCUCUACAAGGAAAAGGUGAAGGCGGUGCAUGACAAUAAUAUCAAGAGAAGAGAGUUUAGAGUUGGGGAUCUGGUCCUUCUCUAUAACUCGAGGCUGAGACUCAUGCCAGAAAAGUUAAGAUCAAGGUGGAAAGGACCCUACAGGGUGGAGAAAGUUGAGCCUUAUGGCGUCUUCCAUCUGAGUCAUCCAUCAAGCCCCAACUUCUUCAAGGUGAAUGGCCACCGCUUAAAGCUAUAUCAUGGUGAGAAGUUAGAAAGGAACAAGGAGUUAGAGAUCUUUCUCUUGAAGGAUCUAGCACAAGAAGAAGACUAA